CGCGACGGGACGCACGCGUGUUCGCUGUGUGUAUCCGAACGUGGUUUACGAAAUUCGAACAUCGCGUUCGCAAUUCAAUUUAAAACCGUAAAAAAUAUUAUCUGUGUGAGGUUCUAUGUGUUUCCAAACAAUUAAUUUUUGUGUGGUUCUGUGAAAAUAAAUAUAUAUUUUAAUCGUUUUUUUUUAACGAAUGAAUGAAUUCUGUGUGUAUUUUUGAAUUCUGAAUAUAAAACUGUGUGAAUUAUUAGUGUGGUUUACCUUGGUUGGUGUGAAUUUUACAACAAAUCAACUUUCGUAGCAAGAGAAUAUCUGUGAUUGGUUACUGUAGACUAAUUACAAUUGCAGCAUCAGUGACCUAAGACCUAUUUGAAAUUGAUUUGUGAUCACAACGUGUAGGAGAAACCAGAUCACGACUAAUUUGUCAAUUCGGCAACUAUAUCGCCUUGUGAUAUUCUCUGCAAAUGAGUAGAUGUUCCCAAAGAUGACGUCAUAUAAAUCGUGACGACUGCGCAUGGCCAGCGCUUCCCUCGACCAAUGAGCGAGCAGCGCGGGAGCAUGGAUGGGCCGUAGAAUGCGCCUCACUCCGGCGCCGAUAUACAUAUUCCUUCUCAUCUGUACCGGUGGCUAUGCUUUUAUACCUGGCGUGGAUGGUCCCGUAUCCAACGUAGAGGCUCUGGAGGGAGGUGAUGUCACCCUGCUCUGCGACUCCACGCCUGACUCCUCCGACGACGAGUUCAUGAUCCUUGUGUGGUACAAGAAUAAUAUGCCCAUAUACAGCUUCGAAGUCCCGGACAAGCAAUGGUCGGAGCCAUCUUUCAACACGACCGCCAGACUUCGGGCAGACAUCAUCAGCCAGCCAACUUCUGUCACGAUAGCCUCGCUGUCAGAAGACGACCAGGCUAUGUACCACUGUAGGGUCGACUUCCGACUAUCACCCACCAGAAAUGUCGGCAUCAAUCUUACUGUUGUCGUUCUCCCAAGCCCUCCUUUCUUCAUGGAUGAGAUGAGCAACAAAGUGGUCGGCAGAGUGGGUCCUUACCAUGAUGGAGACACCUUAGUGCUGCGCUGUCUUGUCAUCGGAGGUCGUCCACCACCUCGCAUAAGCUGGUACUCCGGCGAAACGCUGGUGGAUGCUUCGGAUGGUGACAGUGAGAUCCCAGCAGUGCGGGAGAACGAGCUCUAUCUUCCUCUAACCAGGGACAAUGCUGCUGCCCUCUCCUGCAGAGCCUCGAACACGCAUCUAUCGCCACCUAUCGUAGCUAGCUUGGAGAUUGAACUGUAUUUACCAGCAUACAACGUGUCUAUCCACUGGGUGCGUGGUACUGUGGGUGAUGCCCUGCGCGCUGGCAGCAUUGCCCUCGCGCAGUGCACGGCGCGGGGCUCCUACCCACAGCCUGAGCUGUCCUGGUGGCUCGACCACAAGCAUCUCACACAUCAUAGCAAUCAGACGUGGUUCAAUUCAUCUCUGACAGCGAUAUCGUACCUAGAGCUGAGCCCAGCGGUCGGUGACAAUGGCGCUACCCUCGCUUGUGUCGCAACCAAUCCAGUAAUGGCGCCCAACCGGGGCUCCAAGGCCGAUGUCAUAACACUUAAUGUGACAUAUAGUCCAAUGGUAGACGUGAUAAAAUUGGGCGAUGGCAAUUUGAACGAUGUUGUGGAGUUGGAUUCUCUGCAAUUAGAGUGUGACGUCAGAGCGAACCCACCGGUUGAACAAUUUACAUGGUAUUUUAAUGAUUUAGAGAUAAGGCCUGGCAAUAUUUGGGGUGACGCGACAUCUUCACACCAGCUGUUGGUGGAGGAGACGACGCGUGCGCACGCUGGCCGGUACGCAUGCGCUGCGCGGAACGCUAUAGGAGAGACCAGAUCUGAGACCAUCGUUAUUACUGUUUUCUACCCACCAGAAUGUACGGGUUACGGCAUAAGACUUGUGAAAGAGACAGUACACUGCGUCGUCAAGGCGUUGCCAACUCCAGACACGUACUUCUGGCACUUACAACCUUCAGGCUUCGAAGUUCAGCACCUUACCACGGGGUCCCCUACAUUACCUUUGGAUCAGAUCACGGGACCCUUAGCAGAGACCUUGAGGGCCAGUUGUGAGGCCAGCAAUGGGAUUGCAUCGCAAGAGGAGCCCUGUGACAGGAUAUUUACCUUUGAGCACUUGAGGCCACCUCAGCCUCAGUUGUGCGAUAUCACUUAUGAGUUCGGGGAGUUCCAGAUGAGGUGUAUUCCAGUGGAAAACGCAACCUACUAUGAAGUCUCAGUAUGGAGGAUGUCGGAAAGUAACUCCACUUUAGUACUGGAGCGUCGCGCCAGUAUGGGUUUUGGUAGUGGACGAGCUUUAGCAGCUGGUGGGCCUGGGCUUAAUGCACCCAGCACCGCACUAGCUGGUGGCCUGGCUGUUCGAGCUGGUCUCGGUGCUGUCAGAAGAGGUGAUGAGGCUGGUGCAAGAGCCUGCAAUAGAUAUGGAUGCUCCGCUCCGCUGCUUCUCCGGCCUACAGAUACAUUGCUACAUGCUGCUGAUCCACCGUGGUGGCAUUUUUUCCUAGACAGAGACGUGGGUAUAUCACUGGGUGCCGUGGUAUUGGUGGCAGUGUUCCUAAUAUCCUCUGUGCUGGUGGUGCGGCUGGCUCGAAGGCCGCGCUCCAAGCCGCAGCCCGUCAUACAGGUGCUGCAGCUCGACGACGUAGCUAGAAACUAUCUGGAUAAUAUUGGAGAGCACAAAGUGCACGCAUCAUGCAGUUUACGGUCCUGCAGUAGCGGCUACUCGGAUGGGUCAGGUGACUCAGCGCCACCUGUCGAGCGGCGCCGCAAACCCGCCUGGGAUCAGCGCUGGGAACCUCCCCCUCCCGACGUCACCCUCACGUUACACAGAGAAAGCGCUGUUUGAACUACGACUGAUUUAAAACAUGGCUCCCGACUUGUAUCUUUCGACAAAGCAUUCAUUUUCCUUUUUUUGAGACAAUUUUUUGAGAUUUGUACAGUUAUGUCCGAUUUUUUUAACCUGUAUCCGUGACGAUGCGCAAAAUAAUUAUGUAUAUAAAUUGACGAAUUACUGGUCUAAAAUUCUUGAGGACAACGAAUUGUUGAAAAACCGUGAAGCUCAAAUUUUGAUUUUGUAUUGUUUAGGGAAAAUGAAUUACAUUCUAAUGCCUAUAACUGGCAGGUUUCAUUUUGCAUCUGUAUAAAAGGGCGCGAAAUCAUUUGACAGUUGACAGUUGCAAAGAAUGCAAGGCACUGAUUGGCGCUCGAUGGUCUAAGCUCGUAAAACAAGCUUAGAAAUCUUUUUAUGAUUAAAUCAAUGGAAAUCUAUACGUGUUGUUGUACUUAACAAGUAAAUGUAAUAUUGUAUAUUAUUCAAAGAAUAAAAUUGACCCCAAACUGUUAAAAAAUAAGGUCUAAAAUAUGUGUCGUUAAAGUUACAACUGUCUAAAGUUUAUUUUAAUUCUAUCAAAAUCCUCCUGUCUAUGAAACUAAAUAGGUAGCCAAAUAGUAAGAAAUAGAUUGAAUUGCUGUGUUCUUUACAUUUUAACCAUAAAUCAGAAGGAAAUAUGUAAACCCUAUCAUUUGUAUGUACAGUUUUAAGUUCUUUAAAAAAUGUGUCAAAAUCCUGGUCGUUGUACAAUUUUUGUAACUUUUUAUUAUCCCAUUAAACUUGUUUCAAAUGAUUAGACCGCUUUGCAAUAAAAAUAGUUAGCUUUUUGAAUUCAGACCAUUUAUCUUUUAUCACUGAUAAAUCGAAGAAAACUAUUGCUAUUAUAAACCUGCAUCUACUCUAAGAACUUAAUUUCUUUUUAGAUUCACGCAGUGAGUCCUAAUCAUUUGAUACAAAAACCAAGCAUCUAAAUAAAUUAUUUACGAAAAUUGACAAUUUGUAAUACAUUUGAUGCAUAAAAUAAUUCCUUCGGCCUUGUGAAAGAAGAUGUCUUUAAAAAUAGUUUACAAAUGCAUUUAUUUAUAUACAUAUUUAUGUUUAUGAAUUUUGCUUCGAAGUAAACUUGUUGAAUGAAAAAUCCAUCACAUUUAUAAUCUGUGCCAUGUUACUCCAACGAAAAAAAAAACAGGCUUUAAAUUAUUAAGUAUAUUUGUUUAUUACAAGCUUAUAUUUAGAAUA